CUGAUAUUCAUUGAGCCGUGUGCGUGUCGCAAAAUAUGGCUUCCUUGGUGGCUCGUUGCUUCUCGAUAACAUCAUCAAUGGUGAAAGAUGAAGCACGGUGGGUUUUGAAAUUUUGUGCCAGGCUUUCAUUCUCAAUACAGUUUGUUGAACGUCAGGACCACUGUGCGUUAGCGUGUAUUGGAAGUAUUGUCAUCGUAAUAUUGAUCAUUAGUGUAUGACUAACAAAUAUUGAUUAGAGGGUCCUUCUUUCAUCGUUAGGCUGGCGAUAGAAAUUAGAUUUCCGGAUUCGGACUGCUGGGUGAUUGGGUGAUGAAGCAUUGUUUUAUGGCUUCUUCUCGUAUACUAGAAUAAUGAUUUUUUUAGAUUCAAAUCAUCACUCAGUGCCUCUUCUGUGAUGUCAAUGUUCUUAUGUUUUCCCCUUUUUGCUCGUGCAUGAUACGAAAAGGAAUGCCUCAGAAAGGAGCGUCAUGCUGCCCGCAUAUGUUGUGUCCACACUGAGCAGGUGUUGAGUGCGUGGUCAGCAUCGUAGCGGGCUUGGAUUUCCGUUCUUCAUCCGGAUCCGUUCCACACAUCACACCAGGUGCAACGUCAGCGUGGAGGAAGCUCGGCAUCGCGUGUGACCAAACCGGCCGAGCGGUUUCGCGGCGAGCGUGUCAGGCGAAGUGGUUCUCGUGCCUCUUUUCCUCUCCGUUUUUCUUUCUUCUAGUUGCAUGCGCCAAGGCCCUGCGCCAUCCUUAUUAUUCGCCAGCAAACAGCCAAGGGCAGCUAAAGGGUUUGAUAAAUAUGACUCAGCUACAGGGUUGACUCAGCUAGAGGCAGUAAGAAAUGGAUCGGAUCAUCGCCGUGUUCGGAAAAACUGCACCGGGCAACAGCGAUGGCCGCGUGCUCCUGUAUGGUGCGGUGGCGACGUCGGUAGUCGCUACGACCGCCGGCGUUUACUGGUGCUACCGCCAGAGAAGUACCGCCACGCGCCCACCGCGAGAUACUUUGUGGUUCUACGAUCAAACCGCAAAAAGCCGCAACGAACUUCAUGCACAAGUAAAGCAAGCUUCCGUCCCUGUAGCGGGAAAGAAUGGCGCAACAAGCAAAGUUCCAAAGCGAGACAAAAUAAAGAGGCCAGCGGACGGCGAGUUAGCGUCUUCUCUACUUUAAGGCGGCUUUUCCGCCCAUGGAUUUUAAGACUACUUGACUUGCAAAGAAACUCUUCUUGUCUACUCUACGACUUAUAAAUUCGUAAUCAAAGAAACUUUUAAGACCUGAUGAUCUCAACACCUUUCCUCGUGUAGUUGUAUUUUUCACAGGUGAUAUGAAAUCCCAAGUAGGUAACAACAAGUGAAGCAAAAACCGAAUAAUCUCACCUUUGUUUAUUUGCGUAGAAGCAUUUUUUUACGCUCCACCCACAGGUGUUUCUAACAAAUAAAUCUUCCUAGUAGUCUAAGCGAAGAAGGUAACUAUAUUAAGAGAGAAACUUCGUGAUCAAGUCAAAGCUUGAAGAGUCUUUGCUGCCGUGAAAGCUUUAAUCUUUGUUAACGGGUCACCCGCCUAUGCGACUGCUCGCUGGACCCGCUUACGAAGAGCCUGAUGCCACAGAGCCUGUUGCUUUCGCCCCACCACGUGGAUUCCGAAUUUUCGACUUUUUGUCACGAGCAAGGAACGAGCAAAAAGCUCAGGAACGAGGAAGUCACGAGCAUAAGAACAAGAACAUAACUGGCACAACUUCCAGCACUAAGGCGAAACAUGGUCACGAGCAUCAGAACAGAACAGCAAACACGCCAGCUGCUACACGCGCAGGAACUUCCACCAAUACUAGUAAUACAGCCGCUACUAAAGCGUCGUCUAGCAGCUCCUCAUCUUCAACACAUCAAAACACCAAACAUAGUAGUAGCAAUAGUACACAGCAAAAGGACAAAAAAGGUGGGACUUCUUCUUGUGUUAACACUGAGAAGCAAGUGCCAUGUCUGGUGUGCGUAGACGCUGCCUUGGAUUUAGAUGACCUCGAAAGCAAAUACGUUAUGAAAGCAGGUUUGUUCUUAUUAAAUUUUACCUAGAUUGAUAAUCUCGAGAGUCCUUUCGCUACGAUAGAAGGUUUUCCAAGAACAAUAAACCUGAAUACCUGCCGCGGUGGUCACGAGUGGCCAUUUCAGGGGUACUUAGUUAUAGAUCCAUAACAAUUAAUCUUACCUGCUCUUGUGAGAAAAAAUCAAAUUUUUUUCUUAACAUAAUUCUUUCUUGUUUCUCUGUUAAUUUUUCUCAACAAAGCAUGUUUCUCGUAGUAUUUUUGAAAGAUGCUCUCCUGAGCCUAAGGCUCUUGUAUGCAGUCUCCUGCACGUAACUCUCGCGUCGAAGUGAAGGCACCCUAUCCUAUCCUAAUCCUAAUCCUAACUCUAUAGUAUCUAUACAUAUUUUUUUUCAAUGUUUAUUGUUCAGUUCUGAUAUCCUCUGUCAACACAAUCAAUAUCCUCCUGCUCUCUCUAAACACCAUCGAUUCCAAUUUCGCCUCUCUUGGGUUAUUGGAGUUCGAACCGCUAUGCAGGAGUUAGAGGCCAGAAGUUUGCUGCCUUUUUUAGCGACCGGCUUUGGCUUUGCCUACGACGCAAAACACAGUGCACAAGAAAACGUCUGGGAAUUUAUUAAGUUAUGUCGUGGGCUGGAAAAGCAGGUGUUUGCGUAAAGCUAGGAGAAACAGUGCGUCUCGUUCGUGUAGGAACACAAGGAACAUGGAACACACAUCGAGCCAUCUCUCUUCUAAUGUAGGCGAUGCAACUGGUCCACAAUUACAUGAUUAUUUUUCCGGCUGCUUCCUCACGGACCAACCACACGCCAAGAGUUCGUGUGGAUCUCAGCUUUGAGUCUUGGGCCAAUAUUAAGAAAGCACUCCGAGAAAACCGUGGAAGCAUCACCGAUGCAAAGCAGCAAGACGGUAGUUGUAUUUCGCGUUUAGACUUGGAAGCUCUGCUACACAGCUACGUAGAGCGUUAUCCGAUUUUGGCUCCGCCACCGCUUGGGCAAGAAGAUGAGGGACGGAUUCUGCUAGUGAAUUUUGUGGCCGUGCCGCAUGGAAGAAAUUCAUUGGCGAACCAAGCUAUGACAACUACGUGGAAAAGCUUACUCUUACUCGGAGGAAUUGACUCCAUUUGUUUUGAAUAGCAAAAGAAAGCCAGUGCCCUCAUCUAUCACUCUGAUGCUUGAGUACUGUGAGUGCAAGCUUUUCCCCGUUAUACAAGCUGCUGGCGUGGCCGGUCGUGCCUACGACGAGCCGUCGGCGGAGAGCUCGGUUUAUGGCGCUUUUGAGGAAGAGGAUCGACAUAUAGGCUUUGACGAACAGGAUGGGCACCGAACAAGCCGUGUCGGAUUCUUGGAUCAGGCGAUGUCCUUGGUACUGACGUAGUCGUGUCUGGAUAUUGGAUAAGACGACGUCACUGGUACUAUGUAGCGUGAUUCGGUAUUGUAUGGAUUGUAUGGAAAAUAAUUAUGCCGAACUAGCAAUAUACUAUACUAUGGUGAGUUCGUGAAGGUGAGGAAGAACAGCCGGAGCUUUAGCAGAAUAGAGAACUUUCAUAGGAGGAGCGCGCUUAAUCUUGUAAAACACUCUGAUCCAAUCAUCCCAACAGCGAAAACUGAAAGUGUUCGGACGUGCUUUUACCGUGAGUGAGAUCGUUGCGACGGCUGGCGCGAUGCAUGAUUUGCAGUUAAGUAGAGUUUAGUAGUUUCUUGGGCGACGGUGUCUAAGAAUGGUAUAACACGAGACCUCUACGAAGACAAGGCGCCCCUCUCUGUGAGAAAGAAGCCACGUCGUAGAUCAGGACAAUUUGCUGUUGCUCAUCUUGGGUUGCCUGAAGGAGUUUGAAUUCGCUUGGUCUCCCACAUCAAGAAGACAUUGCUCUAACACAAGACUACGAAGACAAGGCGCAUUAUUUGGCACUAGCAUCGGACGCAUCAGAGGAAAAAACGGUUAGGGAAAUUCUUUCGUCGAUGAAUUUGUUCGAGAUUUUUUCGGCAUUGGCGACGGUAACCCGAAUUAUGAUGGAGAAGAUAUUACUAGCGCAUCCACCUGUAUCAAAAGUAAGUCAGUCAGAUAUUACCGCAGUUAACAAUGCAAAAAGUAUUUGCAUUCAGUAAGCGGCCUGUCUUUCUCGUUUCAGUAAACCUUUACACGAUCUUCAGAGAGCACUCUCUCCAUACCAUUUUUAGAAUGGCCACGGAGUAAGUCGGCUACUUGGGCCAUGGUAAAAAGCAAGCGACAUACUAAAGGAUGGGACGAAGAGAAAUGUCGUGGUGAAAAAGUAAGAGACGAAGACAGAAAAGGAACAGCAAAUAGUGAUACCAGUGUAAGUUUUCUAAUACACACAAGGCAACGGGAGACGCGAAGCCGAUCAAAAGACUGCAGAUGAUUCGGUCCUUAUGGUGACGAUCUUGUAGAAGUUUUAGUCCUCGUUUACAGUUGUCUGAUCAUGAUCCACUUUAAUUAUUCUUCUCUCAUCAAGUAUUCCGAUUCCCGUUAUUUUAGCGUGGCUGUACGAACAUAGUCGUGAUUUGCAAUAUUCUUCUCUCUCAUAUCAACUCUACGCGAAACAUUCGAAUGACGCGGUGUCCGAGAAGAAAGCGAGAUUUAGUCGUAUGUGCCGUGAAGGAGCCACGCACAGUUGCAUCACUUACAUUUGCCGUUUGGCGUGUGCCCUUGGCGCAAAAAUGAAGAGUGAAAAAUAAGGAAGGUGGAAGGUGGACGAACGUCGAAGGGGGACACAGCAUGAGCAUGUAGAACGUAGUCAAAAACUGAAAAUAAGCGAGUUAGUGACUGUAAUAGGAGAGCUAGCUUUGAAAUGCUACUCUCAUUUCAGUAGUAUCUUCUGCGUUAUUCUAGUCAGUUACUUGCUUAUUUCAAUUUUUCGAAUAGAUGAGCCUACCUGCAAUUUCAUGCAGUGGAAAAGAGCUGCAUGAGUAGACGGCUCUUUCGUAUGAGGUAGUAGGAUUUUCAGCAUAAGAAUGAUUUGCUGCACGUGGCAGAUAUGAUGAGCAAUUUGUUCUUGUGCACACGAAGACCCGAAGGGAAAAGUAUCUUAUUUAGGUGAUAUAACUCGCUUAGGUAGCACUUUGCAUGUACCAAAGGGUUUCGCGUUGGUGAUUCCGAUGAAAUGAAUUUGAUCAGCACGAUGAUAGUACUUCCUACUCGUCAUAGUGGACAGACUAUUUAAUUAUUUUUUAGGGCUGUAGCACCGUCAGAGAAUGAGCAGACAUCACGUCAAAUGCACAGGACAACAUUUCCACUAUGUUAAGGGCAAGAUGCUUUUGUUGUACAGUUUGAACAGGAGUUACUGUCAUGUUGACGGAAAAUCGUUUUCCCGAACGACCCCUUUCGAAAAUGAGUACCCAGAACAACCACAAUCCACCCACCAACUACAAGAAGAAAAUGGCGAGACAAACACAUCCCCAACAUUUCUUGCGAUACAAAAUGCUCGAUGGGGCCGACGACUACGUUGAGGACUAGAAAGGACGCAUUUCUGGUCGGAAAAGCCGCG